ACAGUAGUGACAUUGACAAGAAAGACAAUUCGCUGGCUGGCACUUCUGCUGUCAGCUGUAUUUGUGUUUUGGUGUGAAAAUGACCGCAGAAACAGUUCAAAAUACAACAAAAACGUUUAAAUUCUCGUUUCCAACAUGUACCAACGAAGAUUUGCUGUUCAAAUUGGAGGUCCCCGUGGAGAUACCUCACAGCGGAUCCACGAGAGAGCUCGUGCAAAGAGUUAUCAACAUGUUUCACAUUCCAGUGUAUUUAGAAGAUGAACUCAAUGAAAAGCUAGCAGAAUUUGUCACUGAAGAGACAAAAAACUUCCACAAUGACCGUGAUGAAAAGCUCCUUAAUCAGCUCAAAAACAGUGAACUUAACGUAGAAGGCAUCGUCAAAAACUGGGAGAAGAUGUUCAAGGACAACGUCAUGGAGUUUGCGGAACAAAAAGGAACGUCGGACGAGGAAGUCUUUGCUGCAGCGUACCAUAAGCUUGUGCAUUCACCGGCGUUAGAAACAAUACUGCAAGUUGAAAAUUCAUAUGCUAAGACUGUAAUGAAUACUGUGAAGAAUAGGGAUGAAGAUAUCAAGGUCCUAACUCAGAGCCAAACAGAAGAAAUGGAAGAGAAAGUCCGGCUGCUAAACCUAUCAACAACAGAGGAGGAGAUCAACGAGCUAGCAGCGGAACACUUUGAGCAACAGAGCCUGGCGGCCGGGCGGUGGGGCUCGCAGCUGGAUGCCUUGGCUCAGGCGCAGCGGGCGCAUUAUAGGGCUUGGCUCAUGCGCACGCUUGAGCAGUACCAGCAUAGCGCGCAACUGCACACGCCCACUACCAGCAUAGUGCGCAACUGCACACGCCCACGUGAGUUAAUUUCGAAUUAUCUUUCAAAUCAGAGCCUUGUUACCGGCCGCUGGGGCUCGCAGUUGGACGCCUUGGCUCAGGCGCAGCGGGCGCACUAUAGGGCCUGGCUCAUGCGCACGCUUGAGCAGUACCAGCAUAGCGCGCAACUGCACACGCCCACCAACUCCCCGCUCGGCACGUUCUCGCCUCCGCUAGCGGCUGAGGGCGGCGCGCCUCGUCCGCGGCUGGAGGAGAGCUUCACCAUCCACCUGGGCAGCCAGCUCAAGCAGACGCACAACGUCCGCAUCGUCGCUAUGGACAUGCGCGACCUGUGCACUCUCGACCACGUCGACAACCCCCUCGAAUCGUCUCGUCGGUUACAAACAUCCCUAGGAUUAUAUUCGACUGAGUUAUCAGCGUGCGUGCUGAUAAGCGAUCGCGUGCCGCCCGACGCGCUGCCCGCCGCCGCCGCCGCCACAGAACAUCACUUUCCAUCCGUGGACGCACAGCUAAGGGAGAUUGCUGAGAGGAUUAAGGAGCCCCUCAGGGGGAUUGCCGAGAGCAUCAAGGAGCCGAUGGGUUUUACAGUAGGUUGUUGCUAUCUUACAGCCAGACAUAGCCUGCCUAGCCCUCUAGAAGCAUCCCAGCAGCUGCAGACGUCCCUAGGAUUAUAUUCGACUGAGUUAUCAGCGUGCGUGCUGAUAAGCGAUCGCGUGCCGCCUGACGCACUGCCCGCCGCCGCCGCCGCCACCGAACAUCACUUUCCAUCCGUGGACGCACAGCUAAGGGAGAUCGCUGAGAGGAUUAAGGAGCCGCACCACUUCCCGUCUGUGGUGCACUUAGAGAUCACCGAAAGGAUCAAGGAGCCAGUGAAUUUCUAUAACAGAUCGUCCAGACAUAGCCUGCCUAGCCCUCUAGAAGCAUCGCAGCGGCUGCAAACAUCCCUAGGAUUAUAUUCGACUGAGUUAUCAGCGUGCGUGCUGAUAAGCGAUCGCGUGCCGCCCGACGCGCUGCCUGCCGCCGCCGCCGCCACCGAACAUCACUUUCCAUCCGUGGACGCACAGCUAAGGGAGAUUGCUGAGAGGAUUAAGGAGCCGGCGGAGGCCCGCAACGCUCAGCGGCUUCGCGAGCAGCAAUCAAACGGCAACACAGUUGGGACCGCCAGCAAGGCUCGCUGGCGGCAAGCGAUGCAGCCCGGCGACGCGCUGGUCACGCGCCACAGCAACCUGGCCGACGUACACGUGGUGUUCCAUCUGCUGGCUGAUGACGCGCCGCUGAGGACCGGCGACAUCACGUCGCGGCACCCGGCCAUCCUGGGUCUUCGCAACAUCCUGAAGGCGGCCUGCUGCAACGACGUCACCAGCAUCUCCAUCCCGCUGCUGCUCAGGAACGACUUGUCAGAGGAAACAACAGCAGCAUGGUGCCUCCGCCGCGCAGAACUAGUUCUAAAAUGCGUGAAAGGAUUCGUGCUAGAGGCAGCCGGCUGGGGCGGCGCAGAGCCUCGAACCUUACACUUCUGUGCGCCGCCCGCCACCGCGCCUGAACUAUUCCACGCGCUCGCAAACCUACUGCCGACGAUAUUCCGCAUCUCCAACCCGGUUAAAGUCAAGCCGCCGGCGUCAUGAUUAAUGGACAGAUAGGACGAGAAUGUAAACAGCUAAACGGGCUAGGAUGCGCGCCACGAUAUAAUUUAUCGUGUAAGAUCGACAAAAUGCCUCUAUAGUCUGGUCUGUGAGCACGUAGAAUUUUGUCCAAUGACCCCAAGCUACCCAUCCUUAUCGCUCGCGCGUAAUUAUAUUGCUGUCGCGACUGUACGACGGGCGGCCGCAGUGAGUGUGCGAGCGAUAAGGAUGGGUAGCUUGGGGUCAUUGGACAAAAUUCUACGUGCUCACAGACCGGGCUUUAUAAGAUUAUGAGAGACGCCACACGGACAUUGUCAGUCCGUCGGACUUUUAUAUGUAGAACUGCGGAGCGGCACCGCAACGCAACGUGUGGCAUCUUUCUUACAACCCGAUGGGGCUAACUGCGCACCUCACUGGAAUGCGACUGCCUCGCACUUACCCGCGUUCGCCCCGUCCGUAUCAGAGCGUCGACGUGACGUCACGGAACCAGGUGCGCAGUUAACUGAACCGGGUUGUAAUCGUUGCACCCAUCAUAGCCCUGUAGAUGUCGCUUGAUCAGGCUGUCCUGAUGUCUCUUCACAUCACAUCAGGCGCCGUGCCGCACUGAAGAUAUGUGUCCACGCCCUAAGGAGCGUGCGAAAAGAAUUUCCCAUUUCGUUGGGUAACAUUCCCUCGUAUUGAAAAUCAAUGUUAUUUUGUAUCUCACAAUUUAUUAUAUUUAUUUAUUAACAA